CUGAUCUGACAGUUUAGAUUUGACAUUUGAACGACCCAAAAAAUAUCAAAAACAUUAGAAAAUAUGGACAUACCAGCAGAAAUAGCGGAUAUUCAAGCAAGAUGUGAGAAAUUGAUUGAAAAUUCUAAAGUUGUAACAGCAAUUAGCUCUCUGAUCCGCAUAGAUUUAACUUACACCGACUAUAAGAAACUUACCGUUUGCUUCCGACAUCCGGAAAAGUAUCCCGACAAUAGUAUCUUAAUCGAACUGAAAAGCAAAACUUUAAGUCCCAAGCUUUUGCAAUGUCUCACAACCAUGGGCGAUCUGAAAGCCAAGGAAUAUUUGGGAAAACCUCAGAUCAUCCACGUCACUGCAUUUUUGGCUAGUUAUUUGACUGAAAACUCUCUGUGUGUUGUCUAUGAUGAGAUAGCGAACCUUAAAAAGUUACUCGCUGAUACCAGUGGUAGUGAGAUAAAACUGAAGCAAAAAACUUCCUGCGUAUCUCUAUGCGCAAAUGGUGGCAAGUAUUUCUUUAAAACGAAAGUUACCGUACCGAAACUGUAUCCUGCGGAAGGUGUAAGCUGGAACAAUUUCGAGAGUAAUUUGCCGGUUGUGCUGGUUCGAUUUUUGAACGGUCAAGCAAAAGAAAUUUCAAGAAAAUGUGUGGAACCGCCACUGAAUCCGCCGAAAGGAACGCCUCCAUUCACCAUACAGCCGUCGCUGUACAAGACGCUGUCAUUCCUCAUUGAAGCGACCAACGAUUUCUGCAUAGAAGUGUGUCCGAUUUGUUUGCAAAAAUGUUUACCGGAAAAUCCGUCGGACGUCAUUGUGAAUGACACCGACGAUAUGUACGUUGAACGGGUUCUGUGCGGGCACGUUUAUCAUCAGGGAUGUUUGAAAAAAUAUUUACGAGAACCACCGUUUGUCAAGGCUGGCAAACCCUGUCCGGCAUUAAAGCGACAUGCUAGAGCCGAUACCAUACCCUUUUCAAUGACUGCGGCAAUGGCCAAUCAAAACAAAAAAUCGAAAGCACCAAACACAGCAUGUUCGUUACCGUUACAUCACGAUCGAUGGGGACUGAGUCCGAAGCUUGCAGAAGCACGAUGGGCGAACAAACAAGCUAGGGCACGCGAACUUGAGGAGGUUAAAGAUUUUUUACAAUAGCUGGAUAGCUUGGUCAUAUUGCAGGUCGGGGAUUUUCUUUUUCUUUUUCAAUUUCAAAUUUGCAACAAUUUCAUUGUAACGCAAUGUGUCCGCGUAUAUAGUACGGAAAAGUACAAGCACGCUGAUUAGUUCUCAUUGGAAAGCGACAAAAUCCAAGCAAAUAUGCUGUGACAAUCAACAUUCUCAUUUCAUCGAAAUGGGAGAGGGAAAAGUGUAUGUGUAGCAAAUGCUCAUAGGGGAUAAGAAAAAUCAACGGAAUAGCGGGUGUAGCAUUUAAUGACCGUGAUUGUUGUUCGUUUCAAAUUGUGUCUUGUAAUCGCGGCAAAUAUUCAUCGAAAUACCAUCCCAAUCAUAAUUUAUCUACUGUUACUGUGUAAUGUCUGAAGUGAAGGUCACAGCAUCAAUUUUCUGUUGUGAUAGGUCGUAAUUUACUACGCCAUCCAAUAUAUACAUUUGGUUAAUGUUGGUGUUGUUUUUUCCCCGUUUUGUUGUUGGAAAAUUCACAGACCAAUUUUCGCUGUGAUUAUCGUUAAUUGGGCCGUCUUGUAUGAAUCUACGACUUUGUUUGUAAUCAAGUUCGGAAAAAUGGUCUUGUGGUUUUUUCCACAAAAUUGUAGAAAUAAAUGAGUUAUAAUGUCGAA